CCGCAGCGCCGGCCCGGUGCCCCCGCGCCUGCGAGCCCGCCACGGCUCAGGGCAAUGGAGGCUGGCAGCCCUGCACUCCUGGACACGCUCUUUGAGCAGGGGGAACUGUAUCCUGGUGCCAUGCUGCCCAGCCCAGCCCCCUUCCCUGCCUUGGACCCAGGUCCCAGGGGCUCCGAGAAAGCGCUGGGGGAGUGGGCAGCCAAAGGAGACCAGGGGCUGAACAAGAGCGAGCCUGAGGACGUGCUGGGGCUGCUCAUCAACCCCAAUGCCGUGUACCACGCGGGCAGUGCCUUGGGCUCCCCGGGCAGCGACAGCGGCAUCUCGGACGAGCCCCCCGCCGGCAGCCCCCCACAUGCCAUGGCCCACCAGCCCCAGGGCCCCCCGGCUGCUGUUUACCAAGUGGUCUGUGACAUCGGGGAGCUGAAGAGCGAGCCCCUCCACACCAGCAUCAUCUCCAUUCAGCUGGAUGACUGGUCAUCCCCAAUGCUGAUCCCCGAUACCUGCGUCGUGGAGGAGCUGCCUCCCAUGCACACGUUGGACUCAGCUGGGCCUGGCGCAGUUCCUGGGCUGGGCAGUACCAGGGACAUGCAGGUGCCUGAGGUCCUGCAGCUGCAGUUCCCAGAUCUGCUCCUGACAGAGGAGGAGAGGCAGCUGCUGACACAGGAGGGGGUGUCGCUGCCCAGCGGCCUACCCCUCACCAAGGCAGAGGAGCGGAUCCUGAAGAAAGUGAGGAGAAAGAUCCGCAACAAGCAGUCAGCCCAGGACAGCCGGCGGCGGAAGAAGGAGUACAUCGACGGACUGGAGGGCAGCAGGGCGGCUGCCUGCUCGGCCCAGAACAAGGAGCUGCGGAAGAAGGUGCAGGAGCUGGAGAGACACAACGGGGCCCUGCUAAGCCAGUUGCAGAAGCUGCAAGCGCUGAUCAAGCAGACGUCCAACAAGGCAGCUCAGACCAGCACCUGCAUCCUGAUCCUGCUCUUCUCCCUGGGACUCAUCGCCUUCCCCAGCUAUAGCCUCUUCCACAGUGGGAGGCAGGCAGGCGAGGCCUACAAGCCCAGGGGAGUGAUCUCCAGGAACAUCCUAGCCCAGGCAGAUCAUUCGGCCCCGGUGGAGGAGGCGCCUGAGCCGCCCCGCAGGGAGCAGCCAGCACUGGAGGGGGCAACUGGGAACCCCGGCCUAGGGCAGGAGGUCUCCAACAUCUCUGACACGGCCCCACCUGCAGACCCCCGGGCUCAGGCCUGGUUGCAGCAGGCAGUCCCUGCAGGGCUGCCCCAGGGGCAGGCAGCCAAGCUGCUUCACGCCAAUGAGAUGUGACGAGGCAGCCGGAGCCCAAGCAGGUCCUGCUGCCUUGCUGGCUGCAGCCAUGGAGAAGCGUCUCCAGCCCAGCCCACGGCCCCCAGUGGUGCCCAGAGCCCCCCAGGAGCAGUAGGGCCCCCUACACUGCUGUGCCCUGUAGGGUCCACAGGCCCCAGGGUACAGCACGGCCACAAAGCCAGAGUCCCAUGACCCCGAGCUGUGACGGGCCCUUUCAGAGCAGAUUUCUGCCCAGCAGGACCUGUCAGCUCAGGCUGGGCUGAGCCAGGCCCCAGCAGCACUGAGGGGUGCUGCAGCUGGCCUGGCGGCCCAGCCUCUGGGAAGGUGCUGGGCUGGGCCCUGCUCAGGGGAGAGGGAGGCAGACUCAUUUUUAAUAAAACAUCAUUUGGUUCUUCCUGGCUCUGACUCCAUGGACAGUGCUGGGGCAGCGGGAGGGAUGUUGGGUUCCUGGCCCUGAACAGGCAUGAGGCAGCCUGGCUCCAGCCCUGAGCACAGCACCCCUGGGGUCCUCCCUGGGCCAUACCCUUGUGCUCUCAGCCCUGGAAGCCCCAGGUGGCUUGCGACUCUCAGCCCCGGAAAGAGACAGCAAGAGUCCCCAGCUGGACACCCUACCCCCAGGGCUAGUCUGUGGGCACCUGGUGCUGGCAGAGCGGGGAGCUAUCCACAGGGCGCCAGGCCCAAUGCCUGCUCCUGCCCUCCUCAGCCCCCACUAAAACUACCCAUGGAGCAGACCCCAACAAGAUGCUCUACAGAGGAGCCACAGCCCACCAAGCACCACACCCAACCCACUGCUUCUGGGCGGGGCUCCAAAGUAAAGGAGCCAGGGAGGGGCCUGCGCCACACCCUGAGCAAACAAGCCAGUGCCUGGAAGGCCGCUACCCCCACAGGCCUCGCUGCUGCUGCCUCCACCCUUUGGACUUCACCCUCCCUGGCUUCGCUUCCCCUCCCCCUUC